UGCAUCACAAACGAUAUACAUACUAUCACCGCAAAGACAGCAGCACAAUGGCAGCAGCAGCAGUCCAGCUCCCUACGACCGGCAACGUCCACCCCUUCGCCGACGCCACUCCGUCCCUCCCCCCGCAGACUGCAUCGACCUCCCAGCCCGCGACGCAGCGCCCGCACGACGUGCAAACCACCCUCAACUACAUCCAAGAAGUCGCGGACGGGUCGCAUCUCCGCCCGACGUACGCAAACCAGCCGCAGACCUUCCAGCGCCCGUUCGUGAAAGUCCCGACCACGAUCCACGACGUGAGUGGCCGCGAGGCCGAGUACACGCUGGACGGGGCUGGAUUCCAGUUCCACCGCCACGUCAGUGCCGAGACGGAGUUUGUGGAUGAGGCGCAGAUCCACCGGGUGUAUUAUCCAGAGGUGGAUGCGUUGAUUAAAGAAGUAACCGGGGCAACCCGCACCUUCAUCUUUGACCAUACCAUCCGUCGUCCCACGCGCGAGAGCAGCAACAGCAGCAGCAGCAGCGCCCUCCGCUCCCCCGUCUUCCAAGUCCACAUCGAUCAGUCCUUCCCCGCCGCCCUCGAGCGGGUCCGCUUCCACCUCCCCGACGAGGCCGACGUCCUCCUGCAGGGCCGCUACCAGAUCAUCAACGUGUGGCGGCCCCUGAAGCCCGUCCGUCGCGACCCGUUGGCCCUCGCCGCCGCCCACACCGUCGCCGACGCCGACCUGAUCCCCAUCAAGCUCAUCUACCCCCACCGCGAGGGGGAGACCUACAGCGUGCGCGCCAAUCUGGCUACGAAGUGGUACUACCGGCACGCGCAGACCCCCGACUGGGUCACCCUCAUCAAGUGCUACGAUAGCAAGACGGAUGGGCGGGCCCGGCGUGUGCCGCACAGCGCCUUUGAGAUUCCCGGGACGGAGCACGAGGAGCCCAGGGAGAGUAUUGAGGUGCGGGUCUUGGUGUUUACCCCGGAGGAUCGGGAGUAA